AUGCUGCUGCGCCUUCCGUACGCGCGCCCCGCACCGUCCACAGCUCGAUGGAGGCCGCCGGGGCCGGAGCGGGCGCGGGCGAGGCCGCGGCCGGCACAUCACCUCCGCCGAGGGCACGCGGCCGCUUCCUCGGCCGACGGCGGCGGGGCGCCGCUCCACUACGACCCUUUGGCGGACCUCCUCGGCCCAGACCUCGACCCCAGCACAUCGCAGAACACUGCCCCGGUUUCAGAGAAGGGGAAGCUGAGGUCCUGGGUUGGUCCAAAUGGGCAGUACUAUCGAGAGUUGCCUUGCCCUAAUUGCAGGAGUAGAGGAUACACUCCUUGCAAAGAGUGCGGGAUAGAUAGAUCCAGUUUGGACUGCCCUAUGUGCAAUGGCAAGGGUAUUAGGAUGUGUAUGCAAUGUGAUGGAGAAUGUGUGAUAUGGCAAGAAUCUAUUGAUGAACAACCGUGGGAGGAAGUUCUAUCUAGUUCUCCCUUGAAAGUAAAGGAAGAUGAUGAAGUCGACAAACUAGAUAUAAAGAUCAGCACCUCAAAAAGAUCAAAGCGUACUUAUCCAUCUCCAUCUCCGGAAGUUGCCAUGAAGAUUAGUCGAUCGUUAAGAAGUCUGAAUGCUAAAACAGGAUUGUUUACUAAACACAUGAAGAUUAUACACCAAGAUGCCAAAUUGCAUGCUCAAAGAGUUGCUGCAAUCAAGAGAACAAAAGGUACUCCUGCAGCAAGAAAUGAUGCUUCUGAAAAACAAAAGGCAUUCUUCAGGGAUCCCGAGAAUCGACUCAAGAGAAGCGUUGCCAUGAAAGGGGUGAAAUUUUACUGCAGUAAAUGCGGGCAAGAAGGACAUAGAAGCUUCUAUUGCCCAACCGUGAGGGAAAAUUCGACCAGAGUGCAGUUCAGAUGCCGGUUAUGUGGGGGAAAGGGACAUAAUAGCCGAACAUGUGGGAAACCAAAGUCAGACAAUGAACGUCAGCGGCAGCCUCGGCAUUGCAGCCUAUGUGGUGAAAAGGGUCACAACCGUCAGAACUGCCCUGGGUCCCCACGGGUGGAGGUUGGCACUUCUGGGCAUAUUUCUAAGAAAGUUAACCGUCCCAAUUCAGGUAUUUAUUCAUGUAGUUUCUGCUCAGAAAGAGGGCAUAACAGACGGACAUGCCCAAAACGAAAUGCUAGCUUAGAAAGAUGAAAACUGUGAGCAGUUGAAAAAUAUAUGUUAAGCUGCAUUUCGAUCAGAUGGAACAUCUACUGAGUAUCACUGCUGACACAUCCAGUGAAUGCAGUCACCUAAACCAGGUUUUUGUGCUUCCAACUCGAUAAGAGUAAGCAAUCAGUCGCAUCCAUGGUGUUCAAGGUCUACCUAUAUAUACCAAGUAAAAGUUAAGCAACGAAAGGGGAGGUUUUAAUAUUGAAAAUAGACUUCAUAUGGUAUUAUUCUGUGCUUGAGGCGUCAGUGAACCAUCAUUAUUCUGGUACGCUUGCAACAUGCAAGGCCACUCCAACUCAUCUCCUCACUGCUGCCAAUAUAUGGAAUGCUGUCUUGAAAUGCAAUGCUAUCACUGUAACCUCCAGUAGGUGAAAACAGGCACAACAUGUCUCGAAUACCUCCAUGAAUAGGUCUCUGAUAUUCAGUAGUUUGUGGCUCGUAAACUGGCUGAUACCCCUUUUUGUUUUGUUGGUAGCAUUUGAGUUCUCAUCAACUAAUUUCCUGAAAUAUUGAUGACUUGAAUAGCAGACUAGGUGCAGUUGAUGAUGCUCUUUUCCUUGGGAAAUUGGGUGGGAAAGUGGCCUCUCGAGUACGUUGUGUUCAUUACAGAAGAUGUAUGAUUUAAAUGUACAGCUUUGUGUGAGUUGCCAAUACCCUCCUCUUUGCUUAUAUAACUGAUUUUGUGGUGGCAGUUCAUCUGUCUCAACUAUACAAUCUUUGCCUGCA